AAAUUGCCUUGAAAUCAAUUUGAAGAUCAAUGAAGUAUCAUAUUUCGCAUCACUAACUGCAUUUCAUUUUUGUAUUUUUUCAUAUUUUAUGUUUUUAAAUAAUUUUUACCGAAAAUGUUUAUUCAUUUGAAUGAAGAUGUGCACUACGGUUCAGAAGUGGUCAAGAUUUCAACAUGUACAUAGUACAUACGUAUAGCCAAGCUGAACAUGUUUAUAAGCACGUUGCUAUGGCAACUCAGACGCAACAAUCUACGGCGGUUCAAAAAAACCAUCCAAAAGUUAUCAAUGUGAUUUUUUAUUUUUUUUCUAAAAUGGUGAAAUAAUAUGGCAAAUUAUUACGUAGCAUACACGAAAAGCAUUUCUUUCAAGUAUAAAGCAGCAUUGCGAUCAAAUGUCACGGUAUUUCUGGUGUUAAAUUCAAUUUUUUGUUUCGUUUUGCCUUUCAUAUUUGCAUACAGCAGUAAUGGAUUUUGGAUUAAAGAAAAUUCUUACCGAGAGCAACCAAUCGUUAAAUUCAAGUAUCAAUAUUUGAUUAUUUUAGAAGCAAAAACUGCCAAUUCACACUUUUCACUGAUAUGUUCAACGUAUCAAUACUUGAAAUCAAAAACUGCAUACUCUAAUAAUUGUUCUUUAAUGAAAGUAAUUGAAAUAGAUGAAAAUGAAGAUGGUAAAAAUGAUAGGAUGAAGAUGACGCUACACAUCACCAAUGUAUCUUCUCUCGAUAUAGAUUCUUUUCAUUUGAUCUUAAUUUUUGAUUACAAAUUACACGGAGAAUGUAUACUAUCAAUGGAAGCGAUGGCAACAGCAUCGUACAUAUUUUCACAGCCUAUUGGUAGGCUUGAUAUUAUUUCUGAACUGAGAGCAGAUUUUAAAAAACCAAUGAUUUGCCAUGUAAAACAUCAUAAGCAAAAUUAUACCAGAAUUCUGAGCGGAAUUUCUGAGCAGAAGAAUCAUAUCGAUGCCAUGUAUAAAAUCGCAUCUCAUUAUGCUUCCAAUAAUAUGAACGUGAAUUUGAAAAAAGUUUAUUACUCAAAACGAUUCAAAUCGGAAACAGCUGAUAAUGAACCCCUGAUUGUAACAGCCGAUAUCCAUUACGGCGAACAAGAGAUACUCUAUAAAACACGGUUUUGGCAGCUGAUCAAGUGGGCCUGGGUACAAUACUUUUCCAUUUUAGCAUUGUUUAUAUUCCUAUCGCGUAAAAUGAAGAGAUUUGUUUUUCAAAACAGAAUAUUACAAACAAUUAAAACUAACCCUAUGGACGAAUAACGUUCGUUCAUUACACAUUAACAUCGCAUAACGCAUAAUUAAGUAUUGUUUUUUUUUGUAUAAAUUCAUACAGUAAGAGUUUAGAGUUUUGUAUGUAGGACAUGGUUUAUUUUUUAAAAUUCGUUUAACAAUGAAAAAAUGACUCGAACGUAAAACGAAUGAAUUUUCCAAAUUGACGAUUAUACGUAUUAAAAUCGAUAAUUUUCAAAACUAUUAACAAAUUCGGAAAUAUUUUGAUAUCCUAAGAAUGAAGAAACCACAUUCAAUGCUCCUGGUCUCGAUAAAAUGCUAACUAACGUAGACGUGGCCGAUUCAGUUUCCACAUUUUCAAAUUGUUCAGCAUUUGGAGUAUUUUCAAAGUUGGUUUUUUGAAGUUCAAUGCUGCAACAUUAUUUUCUUGUAUUCAAAAAAAUCGUCGAAAAUGAAUAAUAUGAACGUAAAAAAAAUAAUUACCUAGCAUUAAUCAAGAAUUUCGCAAAAGCUACAGAUUCUCGAGUACCUUCCAAAGUAAUCAUUCGUUCUUUCAUUUCAUGAGCAGCGUUUUCAUCUACAUUUGGAAGAUGAAUUACAGCUCCUGAAAUUUGUCUGUUAUAUAAAACAUAAUUAAUGUAACACGAUGAUCAAUGAUUUUCGCAACAAAUAAAUUUCAAUUUUCGACCUUA